CACUGAAAGUGUCGUAGUUUCAAACAGGAUAGAAUAGAUCUACUUCUGUUGUUGUGGGGCAAAUUAUGGAAUCAACAGUAACGAAAUUAAUUUGCGCAAAUAAUGGCUCAAUGAACGUGAACGAUAUAGAAGCGAUGUGCGGUGUGUCAGUGCGAGAUGUAAUUUUAAACCUGGAUAGGUUUUGUUUAGUUGUCUUUAACGGAGAGCAAAGAGUUGUAGCUAAGACUGUUGUUCGACUCUGCAAAUCACAAGAUUGCCAUGGAUGCAGAAAUCUACACUUUUGUAAACGAUUCCUGUUUGGAGAGUGCCCUUUUGUUCAGAGAAGAGGAGGUUGUCGCUUCAGCCAUGAACUCACCUCUGGGAACAACAGAAUCAUUCUAAAAGAAAACGGACUGGAGAAACUGGACAAAGCUGAGCUGUGCACUCUGCUUCUUCAGAAUGACCGCUUCCUCUUACCACCAGUGUGCCAUGACUAUAACAAUGAUGUGGGAGAGUAUGGAAAAUGUGAAGAACGUGAGAAAUGCAAGAGGCUUCAUAUCUGCGAGACAUACCUCAGGGACAACUGCAACUGUCCCAGAUGUCAUGAUUUCUUUGAACCCCACCCAUUUCAAUCCUUGCAAGACAGAGGUGUUCCCGUAAAGCUAAUUGGCUCCCUGAAGUCUGUGUACAUGAAUGCUGAAUGGUUGCAAAAGCAAGACCGUGCAAAACAGGGCAAGCAGGCAAAAGCUCAAGUUAAUGCAAUCGCUUAUACACGUAACCAGUCGAACAGAGUCCCAGAGAGUAGUCAGUGUAAUGGCAACACUUUUGGCAUGUUGAAUAAGUAAUGAGUCAAUGGUUCUUAACUGGUUUUCUUCUAGAAUAAUAUUUAACCAAGUUAUUGCAGUCUGUCUAUGUUUUACAAUUCUUUGGGGGCUGAAAUGCUGUCUGAAUAAAAAACAAAAAACUUUUGUUGUAUAGUAUUUUGGUAAACUCACCUGUUUCCACAUAGCUCUUGCCCUAAAGGGGCAUUAUCAUAUUUUUCACAAAUUUUCAAUGUGGACAUUUAUAGUGUAUCAGUUAUAGGCAGUCUAGUAUUGAUUGUACUAGACCUUUAAUAUGUUUGGGAACCUGUAGUACAAUUUUAUUAUCACAUAUUUCAAUCCAUAAUUUGAAGGAAAGCUUGUUGACACAUGCAUUUGCAUCUAACUGAAAAAUAAUCUAACUUUGCAAGUUCAAUAAAUAUAGACCUAACCCCGG